AUGUCCUCUUAUCCCAAGCCGGCUGAUCCUCCGUCCGUAGAAACAAUAACAAAGCGGCCUACAAAGCGCAGGCUAGACACAAACAAGAAUUUGCCGGUACCAAGACUUGCACAGAUGAUUGAGAGGAAGAUGUCUGAGAACUUCCAGCUAAGAGAAGAGUUGCAGUGGGAGCGAGACCGCUUCUGGUCAAGCUGCCAGGCAAAAUCAUUCCUUGCAGCAGAGGUUCAAGCCGUGGUAGAGAACCUUCGUCAGAUCCUAGCCGACUUCGAGCGGCUUGUCGCACCAGAAGAUGCUCUGAGCCAGCCUAGAGACUUGCCUUGGAGCGAGAGCGAUGAAUGGGACAUUGAAAGGGCGCAGGCUCCACGUGCCCAACGCUGUGUGGCAUUUCACUGA